AUGUCAUUCACCACACAUGUGAACUCUUUCAAGUUCAAUGCUUUCGUCUUUCCCUUGUGUACUUUACUGAAAAUUGCACCGACAUCUUCCUGUUUGUUCAUUAGUAUAGAUAUAAUAGUUGCCAUUGUGAUCACAUGGAAUAUUUGCAUAUGCAGGUUCAAGUUGCACCUUCUGGUAGAGGAUGACUCGGCCAAAACAAAGGUUAUGCUUCUUGAUUCCGUUGCUUAUGGCAUCGUGGAUAAAACAGCUUCCUUCCUGCUAAACGGAUCAUACGAUGAGAUUCAGGAUCCAGAAUUAAUACCCGAUGACGUCAAGAGUUUAGUUGGAAAAAGUUUCGAGUUUCUGGUCGGUGUCGAGAAGGAACACAUUGUGUAUGGAAAUGACACCUACAAGGUGCAUAAGGUAAAGAAAGGACUUCUCAUUCUCGACACGGAAUCUGGCGAUGGACCAUUCAUUGCCAUUGAUAAUGGUUCGACCAUUGCAUCUGGCGAGGAGUUGUCGGUUGUCAAGAGUAACAGCCAAAGCAUUUCAGAUGAUGGUUCAACCCCAUCACCGAAGCGUGAUUUUGAAUCAAUGCAUGGUGUCCCAGCCGGCUCUUCCACUUCGAAGAAGCAUUGCCCCAAGCAACUUCCUACAGAGGCCAGUAGAGAGCUGGUCAAUCCGGAUGGACUAAUUAGCCAGCAUCCCGAAGCAAAUAAGAGCGAAGCUAAGCUCCACCAACUCACCGAGAAUUGA